ACAGCACUUCAGUUCUCCCUGAAACUCACUUCCUAAGUAGGCUACAACUAUUUUGAUGGUAUCUUCGUCUUUGUUUUUAAUAUCAAAACCAUGAGGAUCCUCUUCAGAAACCCACGCCUCAGUAGAUGGUCCAUUGUCAUUGGGACUGCGUUGGUGUCAUUGAUUGGUGUCAUCUUUAUGACGAUGGACGUCAAUGUCUCACUAACAUAUAGGGGAGAGCUCAGAGUGUGGCGUAAGAACCACACAGGUUGGCAUUGGAACACCUCUGCCUCCACCACACCACCGCUGUCACAGCCUACUGUGGAUGUUUUCAAGUGCUCCCUCAAUGACAGCAUGCAGAAUAUUCCGUCCUCUGUCCCACCUCCCCACCGUAACUUCCUCAUGUAUAAACACUGCAGGACAUUCCCCCGCCUGCUGUCUCCAACACCCUGUGAGAAUGACCUUUUUCUCCUGCUGGCCAUUAAGUCCACAGCCAUCCAGGUGGAUCGCAGGAUUGCGCUCCGGAGCACUUGGGGGAAGAGGGGAUAUGUUCAGGGUAAAAGGGUGAAACUGUUGUUCUUAGUAGGUAAGUCGUUAGACAGAAUACAGGGAUUCCUGCUGCAGCAGCUACUGGAGUGGGAGAGCAGGCAGUUUGGGGACAUCCUGCAAUGGGAUUUUGAGGACAGUUUUUUCAACCUGACCCUGAAGGAGGUCCACUUCCUGAACUGGUUCACCUUGGAGUGCCAGUGGGCCCACUUUGUGUUCAAAGGGGACGAUGACGUUUUUGUUCACACAAGCAAUCUGGUUGAAUAUGUUAAAGGCCACAAGCCCUCUGAGCAACUCUUCGCUGGUGACAUAAUUUCAAGAGCCUAUCCAAUCCGGCACAACCAAUGGAAGUACUUCAUACCAGAGGAGAUGUACCCCAACAAGCCAUAUCCUCCAUACGCUGGCGGUGGGGGCUACCUGAUGUCACGUCAGACUGUGCUGAGCCUGGGAGUGACAGUGUCCAGCACUGACCUCUUCCCCAUUGAUGAUGUCUUUGUGGGCAUGUGCCUGCAGAAGAUUAAUGUGACACUGACACACCACUCUGGCUUCAGAACCUUUGGGUUCCAUCAGGUGGUGUCACAUUUCAACCCCUGCAUUUACAGGGAGAUCAUGCUGGUGCACAAACUGAAUCCCACCGAGAUGUGGACCAUGUGGUCUCUACUGCAGGACACAAAGCUGAAGUGCUUUAGAUUAAGGAUAUGAGGCAUCAGGUGUUGUGUGUAUCUUGCUGUACUUGUCUGUCUCACUACUGUAAAAGAAGCAUUCCUUUCAUAGAGAAAUUAUCCUUAUAAAUGGUCAAAAAUAGCUUCCUUUCCUUCAUCGAUAUUUCUAUUUGAAGUAUUCUGACAUAUUGGCUUUACUGUGUAUUCAGUUCAGCAAAGAUGGUGUACGAGCCCUACGGAGAUUUUAUACUUUUUACAAGGAAGUUUGUAGAAUGUUUCUUGGGUUCUAGGAAGGUCGAACAGAAACUUUAAAAACAGGUCUAGUGGGUUACAGAGGUACUGAUGGGUAACAAACUUAACAGGUCUAGUGUGCUGUGGGGGGAGGGGAGCUGUGGUGUACAAUUAUUAUAAACAAUCAAUUGGUUGAGGGAGCAGUGAUGAACUUGUCUACUAUAGCUGAAAUCUGUGGAUUGUAAAUGUAUAUUUAAAUGUGAUGUCAUAAUGCUUUCUGAAACAUGUGGUCAUUUCCAGGGUUUUGUCAGUUUCUAUUCAGAUGAACUUUGUUGCAUAUUGCAUUGCAUUAUAAUUGAAUUACGCAAUGUUCUUGUAAAGGCCAUUUAAAAAAAGAACCAAGGAUUUUAAGAUAGGAGAUAAAUAGAGUGUGUGUAGUUCUUUAGGUUUGUUUAGCAGUUUCAACCUUGACCACGAUCCCACUGUCCUAUGAGCCCGAGGUCAGGUGUUUUUUUUUACUGAAAGUCAACCAGUGUUGGGUUUCACUCUUCCAACACUUCCAGUCAGCAGGAGCCAGCUGCAUACCUUUCCACCACACAACUAUCACACCGACAAAUUGACAAGGCAACCUUUUUAAAAUGGUGUCCAAUCGUAAAAAAGAACUAUAGCCUCUCAACUUUGCACUCUGAAGAGACAUGUAAAUUUCUGCACCUCACCACUUCCUUGUGGGUGGCACCUGUUUUUCAGCAGUCAUGCAAAAUAUGAUAGAAUGUACUGUAUGUGGUUGAAAAGGUGGCUGUUGUCUGUUUGUAUACUGAACAAAAAUCUAAACACAACAUGUAACAAUUUAAUUGAUUUUACUGAGUUACAGUUCAUAUAAGGAAAUAAGUCAAUUUAAGUAAAUUCAUUAGGCCCUAAUCUAUGGAUUUCACAUGACUGGGAAUACAGAUAUGAAUCUGUUGGUCACAUAUACCUUUAAAAAAAAGGUAGGGGUGUGGAUCAGAAAACCAGUCAGUAUCUGGUGUGACCAUUUGCCUCAUGCAGCCUUUCAUAUCUCCUUUGCAUAGAGUUUAUCAGGCUUUAGAUUGUGGCCUGUGGAAUAUUGUUCCACUCCUCUUCAAUGGCUGUGUAAAGUUGGUGGAUAUUAGCGGGAACUGGAACACUCUGUUGUACACAUCGAGACAGAGCAUCCCAAACAUGCUCAAUGGGUGACAUGUCUGGUGAGUAUGCAGGCCAUGGAAGAACUGGGACAUUUUUCAGCUACCAGGAAUUGUGUACAGAUCUUUGCAACAUGUGGCCGUGCAUUAUCAUGCUCGCCCACACAACGCCAUACAUGUGGUCUGCGGUUGUGAGGCCGGUUAGACAUACUGCCAAAUUCUCUAAAACAAUGUUGGAGGUGGAAUUUUUAUUCUUUAACUUAUUUAGGCUUGCCAUAAGAAAAGGUUUGAAUCCUUAUUGACUAAAGACAUUUCAGAUUUUCAUUUUUUAUUAAUUUGUAAACAUUUCUGAAAACAUAAUUCCACUUUGACAUGAGGUAUUGUGUGUAGAUCAGUGACACAAAAUCGAAAUGUUAUCAAUUUUAAAUUCAGGCUUGUUACACAAGUGGAAAACAAGUAUUUCCAAUGUCACAACUGGUAAUUACCACCAUUCUAAUUGGUUAUGAAUGCAGAAUUACAUUCUCCACAAACAUGGUGUAUUAUUCUGUGGUGGAGAAAGCCCCAGAGGUAGACUGGGCACCAGUCUGUUUGUGCCAUCAUGCCACCCCUUGUCAUGCCAAACAGCUGACAUGAUAGCACAAACAUAUCUGGCACUAGGCUACCCCAGCGGCACAAUUAUGUGUGACCUGCUUACUUUUGGUAUAAGACAAAAUAAGUUUGCCGCUUGAAGCCUAUUGUAGGCCUAUUUCAUAUACGAGCAAUUUCACAGUAAAAGAGUGACAUUGACUCAAAUCAAAUGUUAUUUACCACAUGCUAUAAUCUGAUGAUGUGUAGUUUUAGUCAGAAUUAGAACAAGGACAUUUUGUUCCUUUUUAGUACGUAAGCAGGGUGCAAGUGCGAAACAAAUGAUAAGAGGACCUAUCAACAGACAAGCUGGACUACUGUGUUCCUUACAGGACAUUCUGUCUCCACCCGUGGAGGGGAGAAACUGUUGGGCUCACAGAAAAUUAUGAAAUGAGUUGCAGAUUAAAGAAACAAUGUAUCUGUGUAGUGGAAAAACACAGAAUGUCUGAGGAAGGCAUAGCUUAAGAUUUUAACUUGUAUGCAUGUGCGAAGGAUACCUACUGUUUGUGUGUAUGUAUGUGCGUAGGAUAUCUACUGUUUGUGUGGAAGUAUGUGCCCAGCUAUAAAAUUUAUAAUUCUCGUGAAUAAACUGUACUAUCUUUUUGCAUAAACUGACUAAUUAUUAUUAAACCCAUGGUCUUACAGAUCUCGGGGAUUGGUCAGAGCUAUUAAUUGUCAGUUAUUAUCAUUGGGAUUGAAAAUUCUCGUGACAGCGUCCUUCCUAUAUCAGUUGCUCGAGAGGAAGUAAACCGCUCAGGGAUUUCACCAUGCGGUCAUUGGUGACUUUGAAACAGUUACAGAGUGAUAGGAGAAAACUGAGGAUGGAUCAACAACAUUGUAGUUACUCCACAAUACUAACAUAAAUGAAAGAGUGAAAAGAAGGAAGCCUGUACAGCAACAAUGCACAAGGAAGUAACACUGCAAAUAAUGUGGCAAAGGAAUUAACUUUCUGUCCUGAAUACAAAGUGUUGUGUUUGGGGCUAAUCCAAUCCAACACAUUACUGAGUACCACUCUCCAUAUUUUCAAGCAUAGUGGUACAGUAGCUGCAUCAUGUUAGGGAUGUAAAUACUUACAGUACCAGUCAAAGGUUUGGACACACCUACUCAUUCAAGGGGUUUUCUUUAUUUUUUAUGAGCAAUGUACAUUAGACUGGUGGAAAUCUGUCCUUUGGUCCGAUGAUUCGAAAUUUUUGGUUCCAACCACUGUGUCUUUGUGGGAUGCAGUGUAGGUGAACGGAUGAUCUCCGCAUGUGUGGAUCCCACCGUGAUGCAUGGAGGAGGUGGUGUGGGGGUGCUUUGCUGGUGACAAUGUCUGUGAUUUAUUUAGAAUUCAAGGCACACGUAACCAGCAUGGCUACCACAGCAUUCUGCAGUGAUACUUGUGCUUAUUGGGACUAUCGUUUGUUUUUCAACAGGACAAUGACCCAACAUACCUCCAGGCUGUGUAAGGGGUAUUUGACCAAGGAGAGUGAUGGAGUGCUGCAUCAGAUGACCUAGCCUCCACAAUCACCCGACCUCAACCCAAUUGAGAUGGUUUGGGAUGAGUUGGACCUCAGAGUGAAGGAAAAGCAGCCAACAAGUGCCCAGCAUAUGUGGGAACUCCUUCAAGACUGUUGGAAAAGCAUUCCAGGUGAAGGCGGUUGAGAGAAUGCCAAGUGUGUGCAAAGCUGUCAUCAAGGCAAGGGUGGUUACUUUGAAGAAUCUCAAAUAUAACAUAUAUUUUGAUUUAACACUUUUUUGGUUACUACAAGAUUCCAUGUAUUAUUUCAUAGUUUUGAUGCCUUCAUUAUUAUUCUACAAUG